CUUCAACCGUCUCAUGACUUCUACAAUAUUUAUUUCACAGCUUGUGAAUCCGGGUGAAGAUCUGAACAAUAUUAAUCCCCCAGAGACAUAUGUGAGGGGUGAUGAGCAGAGUACAGAGGACAUUCCUACAGAUAACCGCCCAGAUGACUGUACCAGGAACUUAGAGAAACAUCUGGCAUCUUCAGAUUUUGAAGUAGAUGAUUGUGGUAUCACACGAGAUACAUUUGAAGAGCAUGCCAAUAUGCAAGAUAUACACUCAUCCAAUCACAGCAACAAUGCAUCAUUUGAUCCUUUUAAACAGGUCCGAUCUGAUUCAUCACAGACUGUAACACAGAAUAAAAGUCACAUAAGAGGUGCUAACAAUCAAACAGCUCACGUAAAAGAGAAACCAUUUUCAUGUUCAGAAUGUGGUAAAUGUUUUAAGUAUAAAUCAUAUUUUGUUGUACAUCAGAGAAUUCACACAGGGGAGAAGCCAUUUUCAUGUUCAGAAUGUGCGAAAUGUUUUAACCAGAAAUCAGAUCUUGGUAUACAUCAGAGAUUUCACACAGGGGAGAAGCCAUUUUCAUGUUCAGAAUGUGGUAAAUGUUUUCACAUAAAAUCAAAUCUUGUUGUACAUCAGAGAAUUCACACAGGGGAGAAGCCAUUUUCAUGUUCAGAAUGUGGGAAAUGUUUUGAGCAUAAAUCAGCUCUUGUUCCACAUCAGAGAAAUCACACAGGGGAGAAGCCAUUUUCAUGUUCAGAAUGUGGAAAAUGUUUUAGCCGUAAAUCAUAUGUUGUUACACAUCAGAGAAUUCACACAGGAGAGAAGCUAUUUUCAUGUUCAGAAUGUGGAAAAUGUUUUAACAGUAAAUCAUAUGUUGUUGCACAUCAGAGAAUUCACACAGGAGAGAAGCCAUUUUCAUGUUCAGAAUGUGGGAAAUGUUUUAACAGUAAAUCAUAUGUUGUUGCACAUCAGAGAAUUCACACAGGGGAGAAGCCAUUUUCAUGUUCAGAAUGUGGGAAAUGUUUUCACCAAAAAUCUAAUCUUGUUGUACAUCAGAGAAAUCACACAGGGGAGAAGCCAUUUUCAUGUUCAGAAUGUGGGAAAUGUUUUAACCGUAAAUCAGAUCUUGUUGUACAUCAGAGAAUUCACACAGGGGAGAAGCCAUUUUCAUGUUCAGAAUGUGGGAAAUGUUUUAAGAGUAAAUCAGGUCUUGAUAGACAUCAGAGAAUUCACACAGGGGAGAAGCCAUUUUCAUGUUCAGAUUGUGGGAAAUGUUUUUACCGUAAAUCAGAUGUUGUUAUACAUCAGAGAAUUCACACAGGGGAGAAGCCAUUUUCAUGUUCAGAAUGUGGGAAAUGUUUUAACCAGAAAUCAGAUCUUGUUAUACAUCAGAGAAUUCACACAGGGGAGAAGCCAUUUUCAUGUUCAGAAUGUGGGAAAUGUUUUAACCGUAAAUCAUAUCUUGUUAUACAUCAGAGAAUUCACACAGUGGAGAAGCUAUUUUCAUGUUCAGAAUGUGGGAAAUGUUUUAAGAUGAAAUCAGAAUUUGUUAUACAUCAGAGAAGUCACAAAGGGGAGAAGCCAUUUUCAUGUUCAGAAUGUGGAAAAUGUUUUAACCGUAAAUCAGCUCUUGUUAUACAUCAAAGAAUUCACACAGGAGAGAAGCCAUUUUCAUGUUUAGAAUGUGGGAAAUGUUUUAAGCAGAAAUCGGCACUUAUUAGACAUCAUAAAGUUCACACCGGGGAGAGGCCAUUUUCAUGCUCAGAAUGUGGGAAAUGUUUUCAGCAGAAAUCGGCACUUAUUAGACAUCAUAGAGUUCACACCGGGGAGAGGCCAUUUUCAUGCUCAGAAUGUGGGAAAUGUUUUUACAAUAAAUCCGAUCUUGUUACACAUCAGAGAACUCACACAGGAGAGAAGCCAUUUUCAUGUUCAGAAUGCGGUGAAUAUUUUAAGCAUAAAUCAGCUCUUAUUAGACAUCAGAGAAUUCACACCGGGGAGAAGCCAUUUUCAUGCUCAGAAUGUGGGAAAUGUUUUAAUAAUAAUUCAGUUCUUAUUAUACAUCAGAGAACUCACACCGGGGAGAAGCCAUUUUCAUGUUCAGAAUGUGGGAAAUGUUUUAACAAUAAAUCCGAUCUUGUUACACAUCAGAGAACUCACACAGGAGAGAAGCCAUUUUCAUGUUCAGAAUGCGGUGAAUAUUUUAAGCAUAAAUCAGCUCUUAUUAGACAUCAGAGAAUUCACACCGGGGAGAAGCCAUUUUCAUGCUCAGAAUGUGGGAAAUGUUUUAACAAUAAUUCAGUUCUUAUUAUACAUCAGAGAACUCACACCGGGGAGAGGCCAUUUUCAUGCUCAGAAUGUGGGAAAUGUUUUUACAAUAAAUCCGAUCUUGUUACACAUCAGAGAACUCACACAGGAGAGAAGCCAUUUUCAUGUUCAGAAUGCGGUGAAUAUUUUAAGCAUAAAUCAGCUCUUAUUAGACAUCAGAGAAUUCACACUGGGGAGAAGCCAUUUUCAUGCUCAGAAUGUGGGAAAUGUUUUAACAAUAAUUCAGUUCUUAUUAUACAUCAGAGAACUCACACCGGGGAGAAGCCAUUUUCAUGUUCAGAAUGUGGGAAAUGUUUUAACAAAAAAUCCGAUCUUGUUGCACAUCAGAGAAUUCACACAGGGGAGAAGCCAUAUCCAUGUUCAGAAUGCGGUGAAUGUUUUAAGCAGAAAUCAGCUCUUAUUAUACAUCAGAGAGUUCACACCGGGGAGAGGCCAUUUUCAUGCUCAGAAUGUGGGAAAUGUUUUAAGCAGAAAUCGUCUCUUGUUUCACAUAAAAAAACUCACAGAGAGAAGCCAUCUCUAUGCUUAGCCCUUUAGUGACCACCCCUAUGUGUUUUCAUGGUAGUCAGGGUCACUAACUAGCUUUAUUCCGUCAGAUACUCCAUUUUACAGAGAGAUAAAACAGAACCUUGCUUUGAGUUACCAGAGGUGGCCGAGGGCUUGGAGUGGUGAUUUGGACCGCUGUGAGAGCUCCCCAAACAUGUAUUGUCUCCUGUAUUGAAUGAAUACCGGUCAUCAAAGGACAGAUCCAGUUAAAAGUAAAAGUUUAUAUUGUAUAUACAGUGCCUUGCAAAAGUAUUCACCCCCUUGACUUUUUUCCGAUUUUGUUACAUUAAAGCCUAAAUUGAAUUUUUUGCUAAUCUGAA